CUCACGUCGCCAGGGUGGGGAUAAAUAUGUCAAUGGAAUAUGUUUAUGUCAAAGUUGUAAACGGCAACUGCUUUCAUUCCUAAAAUGUGUGCUAAAAGUUUACAAAUUUCGUGUAAUUUGUCGGUGAUGUGUAGUGGUUUUGUAAAUAUUAAGUGAAUAUUUAGUUUAGUCGCUUUAAAUAAGUGAGCAAAAUGGCUUCGGGCGACACGAUAGAAACUAUUGAAGUUGUUGAGCCCUCUUUAACAAUAAAUAUGAACAAUGCGAAAGAUCCGGGAGGAGUACGCGAUUCCGCCGACGAAAGCGAAGAUAAGGAUACCACUCUUCAUAGAACUGCUCAGGAUGCCAGUCAAAAGCAUCCCUCGAACAUGGCCAAAACGAAAGCGGAAAGAGAAAAAGAACGGGAACGAAAAAUCGGACACCGGAGGGUCGGCGUUGGUGGCGAAAUCACCUAUAAGAAAAUUCAGACUAGUCAAAUUAUGGGUUCUAUACAAUUAGGUAUUCAACAUGCUGUUGGGGGUCUAGCGUCGAAGCCCGAACGUGAUUUAUUAAUGCAAGACUUCAUGACCGUCGAAACGACGAAUUUUCCAAGCGAAGGCUCCAACCAUACUCCAGCUCAUCAUUUUUCCGAGUUUAAAUUUAAAAAUUACGCUCCUAUAGCUUUUAGGUAUUUCCGAGAUCUGUUCGGAAUACAACCGGACGAUUUUUUAAUGUCAAUGUGUGAUAGUCCUUUAAGAGAAUUGUCCAAUCCCGGCGCUAGCGGUUCCAUUUUUUAUUUGACUAGUGAUGAUGAAUUUAUUAUUAAGACUGUGCAGCAUAAAGAAGGCGAGUUUCUGCAAAAGUUAUUACCCGGUUAUUAUAUGAAUUUGAAUCAAAACCCGAGAACUCUGUUGCCGAAAUUCUUCGGCCUGUACUGUUAUCAAUGUAAUAGCAAAAAUGUAAGACUGGUAAUUAUGAAUAAUCUAUUACCUAGCUCAGUAGUGAUGCAUCAAAAAUAUGAUCUCAAAGGGAGCACCUACAAGAGAAAGGCGUCGAAAGCCGAAAGCCAAAAGCGCUCUCCCACUUACAAAGAUCUGGACUUCAUGGAACAUCAUCCCGAAGGCAUUCUAAUGGAAGCCGACACAUACAACGCUUUGGUUAAAACUAUCCAUAGGGACUGUCGCGUUUUGGAAAGUUUUAAAAUUAUGGAUUACAGUUUAUUGCUGACGAUUCAUAAUUUGGAUCAAGCGCAGAGGGAGAAACAAGAGAAACGAUCUCGUACGAAUUUGGAAGAAGUGCCAGAAGAAGGUACGUUGGCCGAUCCUAGCGGUGCUAUGAUUCAUAACGAAAGGGAGAGAGAGAAAGAAGAUAGAAUAGGGGCCGCGGCUUUGAACAGGAGCAGGUCCAUCAACAGACAAAGGCUGGUUGCUCAUUCGACUGCCAUGGAGAGCAUUCAGGCCGAGUCGGAACCAAUCGACGAAGACGAGGACGUUCCGCCCGGAGGUAUUCCCGCCAGGAACGCGAAAGGAGAGCGGUUGUUAUUGUUUAUCGGUAUCAUUGAUAUUUUGCAGAGUUAUAGGUUAAAGAAAAAAUUAGAACACACGUGGAAGUCUAUGAUCCACGACGGAGACACUGUAUCCGUGCACCGGCCGAGUUUUUACGCGCAAAGAUUUCAAAAGUUCAUGGCGGAAAAAGUGUUCAAAAAGAUCCCAUCUCUGGACUUGCCCGAGAUAAAGGGCAAUCAUCGCAAGUUUCGCACACUGGUUACCAGCUAUAUAGCGUUAAAGCAUUCACCAUCGAAGCGGAAAUCGUUGUCGAGGCCCCUCAGACCCCACGAAGAGUUGGAUAGUAACACUACUGUGCAGGCGCAGGUGAAUGCUAGCCAACAGAACGGAAGCAAAACCGUGAGUCCCACCGAAACGAUACCGGCCAAAAUCUCUCCCCCCUCCUAUCCCCCAUCCAGCACCCCGCUCACCUCUCCCCCUUCGUCGUAUCCCGCUGUUCUCGUAGGGCGGUCGAGUAGCGAAAGUAAGCCCAAAGUGCCACCACCGGUACCUCCCAGAGGCACCCCGAAAGUUAAAAAGGGAAACGUCAACGGGAAAGGUGUAGCGCCAAGUUGCUGCAGUACACCACCUCCAACCUUUGACGAAGUACUUGAACAGAGAGCCUCCGCACCUAUCGAAGGGGUUCCUUCUUCCACUCCAGCCAGAGUUAGAGUAGGUUCACAUCACUCGCACCAUCAUGUGACUACGGUGAAGAAUUACCGGGACGACGUAGUUAGUAUAACGGAUAUUAAAUUGGAAUCUCGUGCCGAGACAAAGUCAUCCCUGAGUGUGGAGUCCGGCAGCUCGGGGGCGGGCCACUCGAGCCACUCUCGGGGCUUGGCGUGGACGCCGCCGGCGUCCGUCGAAGGCUCGACUCCCACGUGGACAGAAGGUACGCCUUCAUUUACAGAAUCGUCAAGUAGUGGAGAUAUGGGAUGCCCGACGACGCCGUUGCGUCAAUCGUCGAACACUUCGAUGAAGGCCGGUCAACACAAGCAAACUGUGGAACACGCCAUCAACUGCCUCACCUCUGAAAUGGAACAACUGAAGAAUCGCGUGGACACCGAUUACGAUUGAACGUAGGUGUAAUAGCACACUGAUCAUCCAUCAUUCCAUCACGAUUUUGUUGUGUUUUCUACCCUGUUUUGUAAAGUAAAAACGCUUCAAGAGCAAGCUUUGUGAACGGAAAUUCUAAAUUCGUAGUGUUAUAGUGGUAUCGACGCGGGGUUCUGCAGUGUAUAUCCGACCCCGAUUCCGUUGUGAUAUUGUUGUAAAGAAUCGAUCUACAUAUCACUAUAUCACUGGUGCGUUUCUAGUGCGAUCGAAAACGUUUUGGUGUAGAAUUGGCCGCAACGUGCCAACUGUGAAAUAAAACGUUUUCGACCGCGCCUCCUUUGUGUGCGUUAUUAACUUGGUUUUUAUUAACUAACUCUUUUUGUGUUAGAUAGAUAACAAGUGCCAAUCCUCAUGGUGUCGUCUUUUGAUUUCUUUUUGUUUCUUGUAGCGAAUUGAGCGAAGAUAUUUUUUUAUGCGGUGGCGAAAGUGGUGAUGAAUAAAAGCCAAGUUUACAAAUAAAUGUUUCCUACAGCGCGCAGUAUUGUAAAAUGGUAUGUAAUGUUACUGAUUUCGAUUUACAUUCCACGGUGCAAUUGAGAAGUUGUAAAAUUGCCGCUUCGAAAAUAUUGCAAUAUGUGUGUUUCCAUUGUAACGAUGCAAAAUUGUGCUUCAGAAUUUGGUUUCAAUAACGUAUUGAAAUUGGUCUCAUGUGGGAUUUAGAGUGUUUUGUAUUUUUAUAAUUCUCUGUCUUACUUUUAGUAUGCUCAUUGUAAGAUUUUUUAACGUACGGCACGUACGCUCUAUUUAUUUCUAAUUUAUUUUGUUAUACGUUAGGAGCUGGGUUCUAGUAUUUACUCUUUACAAGAUGUUCAUUUUCUCUUUACUGGGUGCGACAUUGAAGCCGGCUUCCAAUGUUAGAAUUUUUGUUACAUUUAUAAAAGUAAACUCGUAACAUUUCUCGUAGUCCAGUGAACUUUCAACUUUCGUCUCUAAACAAUUAAUCGCGUAGGUUUUUAUUUGACAUUCGAUCGUCUUUAUUGUUCACCCAGUAUCCGCGACAGUAUUAAUAGACGAUGUUGAUACUUUUUUAUCCUUAACAACUGACUGAUUUUACUUUACAACCACAUAUUGUUAUUGAAUUGUAAACUCUGCACUAUUUUAUGUGUAUUCUGCCUGUAAAACCAGUUAAUAAUUGUUGUGUACUUACGUACAAGCUGGCCAUGAAGUCGAUUUAUCAUGGUACAUACAUGUAAUGUUUUUGAUUGUUUGCGUCGAUUUCAUGGCCAGUUGCGUUCUUGAAAAUGAAAAAAAUAUUGUGUAUUAAGGCUCAGGUAAUUGUGCAUAAUAUUUGUAAGUGUUUGUAGCAAACGCGUAAGUUAGUAGCUGAUUAUAUUUGAGUAAUGGUGAUCAUAAUUACUUGAAUAUACGCUUUGGAAUUUGUUGGCAGAAACGAAUUUUUAUAUUAAAUUGUUAUUAGGUACAUUGUUAGCAGAAUUUUAAUACUCAUUGUUUUAAACGCUUAGUGGAAUUUCGCUUUAUAAAUAUAAAUAUUUCAACAUUUUUACAUGUAUUAUUUGUAGAGUAGUACCCGCAUUGAGUAGUUUUUUUUUUUUUUCAUUUACCCACACAUAUUUUUACCUCAUUGACACUCGAAUGCAUGUUACAAAGACAAAAAGAACCGCGGCAUGGCAUGAGUCGGAAUUAUACAUGAUACAGACGAUCGUAACACUUUUUUAUUAUUUCAUUUUCACUUAAUUAUUGUCGCUAUGUUAAGCACAAAAAGCACGCCUAAGAUAAGGAAAUUGGGUUAGUUGCUUGGACACAAGGGUGUGUUAUGUAAUUGAUUAUUUCAUGUUUUAGACGCAUCUUUAAGGAACAAGAAACGAUAAUAAGCCAAGUUACUGCCAAAAAUUAUUCCAAAUAUUACUCAGGAAUGUGGUAAGAAUGUAAGCGGAACAAAAUUCAGCCAAAGUAUACUCUUCUAAAAAUCCUACAAUAAUUUUAAAGGAUGAUAAGAUUCAAACUGCGUUCACCUAUAUUAUAUUAUGUGGAUAAUGUAGUUUUAGGUAGAAUAGUGCAGAAAAAACGUUAACUUAUAUAUUGCGCCCAGCAAUAGUUUAAGUUGUUUCCCAAUUAUCAUGUAUUUAUGUCAAGCGAUAAAGUUACUCAAAUUCAAAAUAUAUAAGUUUUAACUGUCAAUUCUUACAAUAGCAAGUAUUCGCUUUUAUCGUAUCGAUAUUAUCACGUUUUGAUUAUGAUUUCGUUUCGUUAAUAUUUUUUCCUGGUACACAAUCGAAUGCUGAUAACGAAUCUGUGGAAAACCAGGAACAAGUAUUUAUUCGCGGAAUUAUUACUUGGAGAACUUUUUUAACAAACGAGGAACGUACUUACCGGGCUCGUCAAAAGUAGUUGAGGUAUUGGCAAGUCGAGGGAUUUUGAGUUGUUGAGAUUGGAAUUUUUCAUAUUAUUGUGAUGUAUAUAUAUUUGUAUGGUUAUUUAUUUACAGAUUAUUGUUAUGCAUAGGUUAUUUUAUAGAUAUAUUAUAUUAAAAUUUUACUGUGACUUUAUUUAGUACAAAAUUAAACAUUCCCUGCAAUGUAUUGCGAUAUGAAUAAAAACAGUGAUUAAAAUUA